AUGAUAAAGUUGUUUGAUCCUGUUUGCGCCACUUGGUCAUAUUGGCAGGAAGCGCCAGAGGAACGCAGCUCGUCAGGAGUCCGUAGUAUGCGUGACAAUGUCCAGAGUAGAACCGUGGACUCGGUACACCCCCAGACGUUUCGCCGGCGUCGUCAGGGCUACUGGCCAGUCUUAGCACCACACCACCAAUCGUCAAAGCGACAAGGGCAACCGACCCUUUGA